CUCUUCUCCUCUUCCAACCCCAUCCACCUUUGGGAAAACAGUGAGCGACUUCUGGAGUUUUGCGCUCACGUUGCAGGCGAAAAGCUCCAAUCUAUAUUCUUAAUCUUCCGUCUUCUCCUUGUCCUUCAGCGCUCUAAGUCUCGUCGCACCCCUGCAGAGUUCCCCCACGUCUGUCUUACGAUACACAAGGCUAGACAUGACGCACACCGAACCCCAGGCCGUCUUUGACAAAGGCGAUGGCCUCAGCGUUGCUGCGACUGAGCAACCUCCUACGACGACCGUCCACCCGAAAAGCGCGACGUCAGGCCGCUCGCACUCUGAGAAUGAGCCUGCGGACGGCGUGACCGACGCGGCUGAGUACGCUGGAUGGGAGCACAACCCGGUUUUGGAACGGGAUGCUGAAACCAAAGGGACGUGGUUUGCUUAUAUGAAGACGAAGCAAUUCUGGGUGGUGCUCGUGUUGGGGCAGGUCCUCGCCAUAUGCAUCACCUCCACGAACACGCUGUCGACCCUUCUGAGCAUGGAAGGCACCUCGAUUCCCGCCUUCCAAUCCUUCUUCAACUAUGUCCUCCUCAACCUCGUCUACACCACCUACACCCUCUACCAAUACGGCUUCAAGCGCUGGACCCGCAUCGUCUUCCGCGACGGCUGGCGCUUCUUCAUCCUUGCCUUCUGCGACGUUGAAGGCAACUACUUCGUUGUGCUCGCCUACCGCUACACCACCAUCCUGUCGGCCCAACUCAUCAACUUCUGGGCCAUCGUGGUCGUCGUCAUCAUCUCCUUCAUCUUCCUCAAGGUCCGCUACCACUGGACCCAGUACGUGGGCAUUCUCGUCUGCAUCGGGGGCAUGGGCAUCCUGUUCGGCUCCGACCACUUGACAGGCAACAAUGCCUUCCCCGCCGCGGAUGCAGUCAAGGGCAACCUCUUCGCCCUCCUGGGCGCAACCUUCUACGGCCUGAGCAACGUCUUCGAAGAAUUUCUAGUCAGCAAACGCCCAAUGUACGAAGUCAUCGGCCAACUCGCCUUCUGGGGCAUGUUCAUCAACGGCGUCCAAGCCGGAAUCUUCGACCGCUCCUCCUUCGCCUCGGCAACCUGGAACUCCAAAGUCGGCGGCUACCUGACUGGCUACACGCUCAUCCUCUCCCUCUUCUACUCCCUCGCUCCCCUCGUCUUCCGCCUCUCCUCGGCGGCCUUUUUCAACAUUUCCCUGCUCACGGGGUCGUUUUGGGGCGUUGCCAUUGGCGUCGAGGUGUUCCACUACAACAUCCAUUGGAUGUAUCCGAUUGCGUUUGUGUGUAUCAUCUUGGGGCAGGUGGUGUAUUUCUGUAGGCAGAGCAUGUUGGCCGAGAGCAAUAAACCGUGGCUCGGGGAGAAUCAGGAGGAGGGCGUUGCGGGGUUGGGCACGGCCAAGAGGAGGGUAGAGAGGCCGAGUGCCAUUGUUUAGAGGGGCGGAAUAGUGUGGAGUGGGAUAAUGGGGUGCCCUAGCCGUCAAUGACGAUGACUGGAGAAUAAGGUGGAACUGGGUUGAAUUGGGCUUCCAGUUCGGAUGAUUGGAGAGUAUUCAUUUGACUGCCAUCUGGAGGAGUAUAUAUGGCUAACGCUCGCUAAGCGUGCGAAGAGACUUGGUUAAUCGUAGUAUAUAAUGGAAACGAAGUACAUAGAGAAUUCAAUCAUCAAGACGAGG